GCGCUCCGUUCGUUCCACUCACACCAUUAUAGUAGACUCUAGUGGUAGUAGAGUCACAGAACACAUAUACACUACGUAGAGUGUACUAGAAGUACACCGUAGUGGUAGUGUAGGCGUUCAGUACCAACGCUGUACCUGAAGUUGCGUACACUGUACCUGAAGUGAGUGUUCGUGGACGCGCUGUGUCGCAGGUUGAGGCGGCGCAGCAGUAGCGACCGAGUGAAAGGGAGUCCGUGUACCGGCAAUCGCCGACCGAGAAGUUGCGCGGGGCCUUUCUCGUGGCAGCGGCAGUUAGCCGGCCGUGCGCUGUCGCAGGCCUGGGUAACCUUCUGACGAGCGUCCGCUGGCAGAGCGACGACGGCCGUCGUACCGGCGACGACGAGGCCAUGUCGUCGUCGUCGAGCAAGCCGAAGCGCUACUUCGUCAACACGCUGCCCGACUACGAUGGUGCGCCCAUCCCGCUCGAGCGGGAACUGUGGGUCGAGCGCUGCCGCGACACGGUGCAGCGCGUCUUCACGCAUCAGGGCACGGGCUUCGACGACUGCGACGGCGGCCUCUACGUCGGAGUCGCCGGCGUCGCCUUCAUGGCGCACCGCGUGGCGCAGAGCCCGCACUUUGUCGGCGACCGAGCGCGCCUUCUGACCAAAGCGCAGACCUACCUGGGACACGCGCUGAGCUACUGCGACCAGCCGCAGGUGCGCGCCGACCGAGCCAUGCAGUCGGCUUUCCUGCUCGGCAGCGCGGGCGUCUGGGCGCUCGCCGCCGUGGUCGCCAACGAGGUGGGACGCAGCGACGACUGCGACAACUUCCUCGCCAGGUAUGCAGCCGUGGCAGAAAUCUGCAUGCCAGUCAAGUUCUUGGACUGUGGCAGUGACGAGAUGUUUGUCGGCCGGGCCGGUUACCUCACGGGACUGCUCUAUGUGCGCUCUCGGCUGGGACGAGAGGUGCUACCGGACGAGAAGAUUGCUUUGCUACUCCACUCGGUGGUGCAGUCUGGAAGAGAAUACGCCAAGAAACACCGCAGCCCUUGCCCACUCAUGUACUCCUACUACGAUGUCGAGUACCUGGGUGCUGCCCAUGGCCUGUCAUCCAUACUGAUGACGUUGCUCCAUUUCCCGUGGUUUGUUGCGGGAGACCAAACAGUGGAGCAUGACAUCCGGGCCUCGGUUGACUUCCUGCUGCACGUGCAGACACCACAGGGCAACUUUCCGUGCGACCUAGAGGAUGUCACCAAGCCGCGCCGUUCUCAGGACGAGCUCAUUCACUGGUGCCACGGAGCACCAGGUGUGAUGCAGCUGAUGGCAAAAGCGUACUUGACUUGGCAAGACCCACGCUACCUGGAGUCGUGCCUGCGUUCGGGCCAGGUGAUCUGGGAGCGGGGCCUCUUGCGCAAGGGCCCCAGCAUCUGCCACGGCAUCGGGGGCAGCGGCUACGCCUUUUUGCUGCUUUAUCGACUGACGACCGAGCUGCGCUGGCUUCACCGAGCACGCCAGUUUGCCGAGUUCAUGUUCACCGACGAGUUCAAGCAGGCACGCACGCCCGACUGCCCUUACAGUUUGUUCGAAGGGCUGGCCGGCACAGCGUGCUUCUUGGCCGAUCUUUUGGAACCACGCAGCGCCACCUUUCCACUCAUCGAUCCCUUCUAGGAGGACUCCGCAAUGUUCCAGGCCUAAUCUGCCAUGUAAUUCGCAGAAACCUGCUGUUUGAUUGGCCGAAGAAUGGGGAGUCUGAAUGGCCAACCAGCACGGCCGACAAAAAGCAGGCACAGGAGGCAAGUUGAGA